AUGGGCAGGGUCACGCACACCGUGACUCGCACGAAUCGAGCUCGACGCUCGUCGCCAGCCCCGAACGAUGUGUCUCUCGAGACGAGAAGUCCUCCCCACCUCUCUCGCACCGUCAACGUCCCCUCCCUCGCCCCUCUCUCGCCCGCUCUCGCCCCCUCUCUCGCCCCCGUUCUCGUCCCCGUUGGGUUAUCAUCGCCGUAAUCCCUCACGUUCACGUGCACAGCCAACGACUGCGGCCAUCGAUCGACCCACGAGUUUGCGAAACGGUCGUAUGAGAAGGGGAUCGUGUUGGUCCAGUGUCCGGAGUGCAAGUCGAGGCACCUCAUCGCGGACCAUAUCGGGUGGUUCAAGGAAUCCACAGAGGACGGGAAACACCGCACGGUAGAGGACCUGCUCCGUGCCAAGGGCGAGGUCAUACGUAAGGGGAGGGUGAACUUUGAUGGGGAUAUAGAGUACGACGGGGAGUCGUGA